AUGAAAGAAAUAAAAGAAUUUGGAUCUUGGUCAGAGCAGACAAGCUCUUCAGGAAGAAAGUACUUCUAUAAUCGUGAUACGGAGGUGUCGCAAUGGGAAAAACCAAAAGAAUGGAGAGAAUAUGAGCAACGACUAGCUGAACAAGAACGAUUGGCUGCGGAGCAAGAGCGGCUGCAACAACAGGUAGGACACAACUUCUUGUUAUCGUGAUA